CAGAAAACAAAAGUCCACCCAUGUAGGUGGGUAAUCUGUCCAAAAAGAAGACAAACCAAUCCUGUCCUGUACAAUAAUAAGGUUUCUGAUUGUCCAACUGGAGAUCAGUAUCAACAAAGGCAGUCUCGCGGCUGCUGCUGCUGCUGCAACUGUGGCGGAUCCCUUCUGCAAAAACCCAACAGUCAAAAAGGAAAGAAAAGCCAUGUUUCAAGUAACGUCCAGUUUUUGCAAACAAAUCUUCCACAUUAGUUACUGCCCUAGC